AUGGGUGGUGGAAUUUCCGGUAAUCUUGUUGAUAAUACCAAACUAGGACCUGGCAAGUCUUCAGUAAUGCAAUCAAAUGGCUCAUCCUGUCAAAUAGCAGAGGACAUUCUUGUCAGAAACAGAAAAAAACCACGAAGAGCUCGUUUGCUGGCACAAAGUAAAACUGCAAACCAGGAAAUAAGUCCUGAGAACAACGGAUGGAACAAUCUAACACGCCUAUUGGCGUUUUUAUUUAUUAGCCGGUUUAUUUUGAUGAGUUUUAUGGAAAGCGGCUUUAGAAUGAAAAUACCACUCUCAAACAUUUCAUGUCACGAUGCAGUGUGGUUCUUUGCCUGUCUUUUCGUUAUUUUCCUUCGGUGCUGUUUCUGCUAUUUUCUGAAUCUAUCAAAUGCCGAUCUUUCAGUUGUAGUAGCUUAUAUUCCAGUAUCCGAAUGUCUGAGUUCCAUCAUGGUUUAUCUUAAGAUCAAACAUGUAUUUUUGGCUUGCUGGCUAUACAUCCUGUCACUAUCCUAUGACAUGAAGAUGUAUUCGUUUCUGAUAAAUGGCAGAGAGCCAAGCACCAUGCUAAGAUUUCUCAAGUUUUUAUCAUAUCCCACUCUUGUCUACAAGGAAGAGUACCAAAUGAAAUCAAAGAGAAACUGGGGCUUGAUUUGGACAUCCGCUUUCAAACUUGUGGCCUUUCUUUUGCUGCUAUGCUUUUUUCUUGACCAGCACGCUGUGCCUGCCAUUAUUAAGCUGAUCACGAGUAGCUCCUCAAACAGCUUUAUAGAAGGCUUCAUGCAUUUGAGCAUAUCGUCAAUUAUACUUUUUAAUCUAUUUUUCAGAAUAUUCUUCGAUUGUGGAAUGACAAUUUUGAGUGAGCUCACACUGUUUGAUGAAAAAAUCUUUGGGGAGUGGUGGAAUUCACGAUCAACUGCUGAUUUCUGGAAAAACUGGAAUUUGCCAGUACAUAACUUUAUGAAGGAGCACAUUUACACCCCUCUGAUAAAAAGGGGAGUUAACAGGUCUGGCGCUACUUUUGUAUGCUUUUUGUUCAGCGGGUUUAUCCAUGAAUAUGUUGUUUCGAUGACCCUUAAAUUUUUCAACGGUUGGUUUUUACUCGGAAUGGUAGUCCAGAUACCGCUGUAUUAUAUUACAAACAUGAUGAAGGAAAAGGCACCAUCAAUAGCAAAUUCGUUCUUCUGGAUCUGCUUCUGUGCAGUUGGACAGCCCAUUGGCAUGUUUUUAAUAUGUAAGGGGCAAUAUUAUAGAAGUAACGUACAGCAACUGCGAGACAGUGCAGUGGUCUGA